AUGAGGUCCAGCUACUCUCUGUUUUAUUCUUUGCUGUUGGUGUCAUACGUCUCCGGUGCCAUCAUCACAGGGUCAUGUGAAAAAGACGCGCAGUGUGGUGGCGGUAUGUGCUGCGCAGUCAGUCUGUGGAUACGCAGCCUACGAAUGUGUAUGCCGAUGGCAAUGGAGGGAGAGGAAUGCCAUCCUAUGAGCCAUAAGGUUCCAUUCAGUGGGAAGAGACUCCAUCACACAUGUCCAUGUUUGCCAAACUUGGCAUGUAUUACUACAGAGGAAGGCAAUUCCAGAUGUGUUUCACCAUCCAAGUUCCAAGAUUACUAUCUCUGA